AUGCACCCUACAAGGUUUACCGCAACCGGUUUGCUACGUUACCAGGGGACGCGAGAGAGAAGACAGGCGAGUCGGUCUUUGCCCAAAGUCUUUCUUGUCGUCUUACAAUGCAUAGGUCCUGUCUCGCCUGUGAGUUUCAUAUCAGACAGUCUGAAACUCUCGCGAGUCGUGUCCUUUCAACCGGGGAUCAAGGAUUUAGAAGUAGGGCUCACACCCAGAAAUCCCUCCAACCUAUCCGUCACCCUCUGUCUUUGGGCAGAUGAAUCAGAACUUUUGGUGAAUGAGGACAAACUCGUGCAAUGGGGAACUCACUGGAAAGGUCCAAUAUCGCUUCUUGUCACUACCCAGGAUGCUACUUCCUUUACUGCAUUAAAUCAAUCUCUGGAAAAUCUCAAGCGCGAACCACCGCUCUCACAUCUUGCUGUCCAUGUACUUCACAUCCAAGCUCGACCUGAGACAUACUCUUCCAAUGCGCUUCUUAAUCUCGCAAGGCUACUGGCUUCAACUCCGUUUGUUCUGAUACUUCCUGGAGGUCUCAGUUCAUCAUCUUCCCAUGCCUUCAGAGAGUCUAUUAUAGCUCAACACGAUAACGCUUCUAGUACGCCUUGUGUGAUCAUCGGUCCCUCGGCCACGCUGUCAUUUCCGCUUCCGGAGCUUACACCUUUACUCAUUCGUCGAGAUUUUCCAUCAUGGUGUACAGAACGGUUCUUAUAUCUCCGGGAUCGUAUUUCGAACUGGAACGAAUGUCUAUGGCAGUUCUGGAUGGAUGCGGACGGAAAAUUAGGUUCCAUUAAAGCAGUCCUGGACCACGAAGGGGCCCCUUACUGGCCGCAAUCCGGUUUGGAAUCGGCGCCUCGUGUCGACCUUCAGAGUCGAGAUGUGUGA